AAAAGCACUACCAUUUUGAACCUAAACUCAAACAUAAGGGAUCAUUUCUGUCAUUUUCUUCUCCCUUUCCAUCAUUUGAUCUAUUGGAACAACGGAGAGAGAAAAGAAGCAGCGAAAUUAAGAGUAACAAUGAAGAUGAGCAGUACACAAGGUCCACAUUCUCUAGCCUUCCGGGUAAUGAGACUUUGCCGUCCUUCUCUCCACGUGGAAACUCCGCUUCGAUUCGAUCCUUCCGAUCUCUUAUUCGGGGAAGACCUCUUCGAUGAUCCUGUCGCUGCUACUCAUCUCCCUCGACUCCUUGUUGAUGCUGGAAGUACUUCGGUUGAUCCGUCGGAUCUGUCUUAUAGGAAUAGAUACCUUCUUCAGCAUACGUCGGAUUCUCUUGGUCUGCCUGGCCUACUCCUUCUUCCUCAGUCCUUUGGGGCGAUAUAUUUGGGAGAGACGUUCUGCAGUUAUAUAAGCAUAAAUAACAGCUCCAGUUUUGAAGUUAGAGAUGUUACCAUCAAGGCAGAAAUCCAAACAGAGAGGCAGCGGAUACUUCUUUUAGAUACUUCUAAAUCACCUGUUGAAUCAAUACGUGCUGGAGGGAGAUAUGACUUCAUUGUGGAACAUGAUGUGAAAGAACUUGGUGCACACACGUUGGUCUGCACUGCUCUUUAUAGUGACAAUGAUGGUGAGCGGAAAUAUCUUCCACAAUAUUUCAAAUUUAUGGUUGCGAAUCCACUCUCUGUUAGAACAAAGGUCCGCGUUGUUAAGGAAACCACUUUUUUGGAGGCUAGCAUAGAGAAUCAUACAAAAUCUAAUCUCUAUAUGGACCAAGUUGAUUUCGAGCCGGCUCAGCAUUGGAAUGCUACAGUACUAAGAGGUGUUGAUCACCAUCCAGAGGGCAAACAACCAAUGAGUGAUGUAUUUAAGCCCCCUGUUCUUUUAAGAUCUGGGGGUGGGGUCCAUAAUUUCCUCUACCAAUUGAGGUUAUCAUCAGAUGGCUCUCCACUGCUGAAGGUGGAGGGAAGUAAUGUCUUGGGCAAACUCCAGAUAACUUGGCGUACAAAUUUGGGUGAACCUGGACGCCUUCAGACACAACAAAUUUUCGGAAGUCCCAUUGCUCAUAAAGACAUUGAGCUACAAGCGGUGGAAGUGUCGUCGACUAUCAUGCUGGAGAAACCUUUCGUGGUACGUCUGAAUCUCGCAAACCAGACAGACAGGGUGCUGGGUCCUUUUGAAAUUUGGGUGUCACAAAGUGACUCACUUGAUGAGAAGGCUAUCAUGGUUAAUGGUCUUCUAACAAUGCAUUUGGCACAGUUGGAAGCAUUUAGCUCUUCCGAAUUCGAGUUGAACCUGAUUGCUGUGAAGCACGGGGUACAGAAAAUCACAGGCAUUACAGUGUUUGACACGCGUGAGAAGAAAACAUAUGAUUCUUUGCUGGAGUUGGAGGUAUUUGUUGAUUCACAGAAGGUACUUGAGCCAGAUGCGGUUGCAAAGUAAUAGGGAGGCUGAUCUGAUUGAAGAUUGGAGUUACCUUUGCUCGAGAGUUUUUACCACUCGGAACAUAACAGUUAAGAUCUAGGCAGUUCAUUGUUGAAGAUUCUCUUCAUGCCAAACAUAGAGACGGAUACUAGCAUGUUCAAUGGCCCCAAUGGAUCUUGGCAUUCAUCCGGACGAUCUUCAAACGAUUAACAUGUGUUUUUCUCAAUCGAUUGCCAGUGUACACUAGCUAUGCACAUGUUAUUUUCUCAGUAUAGUUUUGUGCCUUUUUCGCUAUCAGCAAUGGUGCUACAAUUGUUGGGAAAGCUCAUUUUUCUUGGUGUUGAUUAGCAUUUUUAACUUCCUGUAGUGUAGGCUAAAUUAAUCAUGAACAGAGAUUGAGACUUGAAGAUGGUUUUGAGUUACAAGUCUCUUCUCUUUGACAUGUUUUUCUUGCAUAGUUCUAUAAUGAACUACAAGGGCACAUGAUAUAUGAAAUUGACCAUACUAACGUGAAGUUGAUUACUCUA